CCCAAAAGAAAAAUUUUUAUUCUAAAAGUAUAUUAAAAAUCCGUCAUUAUUUUCGAAGCGUUCAUUCGGAAUCCAUUUUGUUCCAAAUUGGAUUUCAAACAACACAAUUGUGCCGGCGGCACUGGGAAUGGUGGUGGCGUCGUCGGCAAUCAUCAUAACACUGGACACGGAACAACAACAAAUAGUGGUGGAGUACCCGGCGGCGGUGGCGGUGGUGGACCAGGUAGUGGUGUACCCGGUGGUGGUGGAACAAGUAAUGGUCCAAAUUCAUUGAUUAGUAACGGUCCAAGUAGUAGUGGAACUGGUGGUAGUAAUGCACAAAAUUCUGGUACUGGAACAACAACAAAUAAUUCAUUAACAAAUAACACCAGUAAUAAUAAUCAUAAUAAUCAUCAUCAUCAUAAUAAUAAUAAUAGUAAUAAUAAUAAUCAUCAUAAUCCAACAUCAAUACCAUCAAUCAAUUCUGCUGGUUUAAUAGGUUCACAUCAUCAUAAUACAACAAAUUUAGGAUUAAGCCCACAAUCUAGUGUUGAUUCACAACAAUUUAAUAUAUUUCCAGCGAUAUUUAGUCGUCAAUUGAAUUUUUCGACAGCAGCUAGUUCUUGUGGACAAGGUAAAUUAAUGGAUGAAUUACGCCCAAAUUUAGUUGGUGGCCUUUUAGGAUUACAACAAGGUUUAUUAGAAGAUCAUGCAUUAACACAUGGUAAUUUACAACAUGGUGGACAGGAUACAAAAUUUAUGUCAUUUCAAGAUAAUCGUUUAAUGGGUAUAACAUCACAUGAAAAUCGUUUAUUAGGUUUAGCAUCACAAUCAUCACAAGAUAGUCGAACACCGAUAUCAUCAAUUGAUAAAACAUCAUUAGGUGGUGUUAAUCAAAGAAAAUGUAGUAGUACACCAGAAGAUUUUAGUGCACUUUAUUCUGGUUUACCAACACCUGGAAUGGAUUCAUCAUCACAUCAUCAUACACCAGCCCAUACACCACCAACAAGAUUAUCAGAUCAUUCGUUAUCAGCGGAAGGAGCAUUUAAAAAAUUAAAACCAGAACCUAAUAGUGGAAUUUCAUCGGUUUCCGGUGGUGUUACAUCACCAGGAAGUGGAGUUUCAUCAUUAAGUCAACAUGCUGGUCAUACACCAACAACAGCAUCAUGUCCAACACCGGCAAGAAGAAGACAUAGAACAACUUUUACUCAGGAACAAUUAGCCGAAUUAGAAGCAGCAUUUGCAAAAUCACAUUAUCCAGAUAUUUAUUGCAGAGAAGAAUUAGCAAGAACAACGAAACUAAAUGAAGCACGAAUACAAGUAUGGUUUCAAAAUCGUAGAGCAAAAUACAGAAAACAGGAAAAACAAUUACAAAAAGCAUUAGCACCGUCUGUGAUUCCCUCAUGUAAUGGAAUGAUGAGAAAUAUACAAGGAUAUAGUGUAUCAAGAGGUUAUCAACCAUAUCCUCAUCCAAAUUCAAUAAAUCGAUAUCCACAGGAUCUUUUCCAAAUGGGUGCUACAUCAUAUCCUGGUAUGACACAACCAUUUUCAAUGACUCAUGGUGCAAAUAUGGGUUCUGUUGGUGUACGUCAGGAUUCAAUGGGUAUGUCAGCUGAAGAUGAAUGGUACAAUAAAAGUCUGUCUGCUUUACGAAUGAACAGUUCACAUCAUCCAAAUUUAUCGGCACCGAUGCUGCAAUAUCAAACAUAAUCAAAGGCUUGGGAUGACUUUAUGUUAUAAAUUUCUUUAUUCGUUUUGUUUAAUUUUUUUUUUAUAUAUUAAAAAUUUUAAGUUUUUUUUUUAAUUUUAAUUUAAGUGUCAAUAUAAAUAAGUUAAGGUUUAAACAGAAAUUUUUCCUUGUAAAAAUAAUGUGAAAUUUAUAUAUAAUUUACGGAAAUAUUAGAAUUUAUUUAAUUAUAUAUAUAUGUAUAUAUAAUUAACGAAAUUUGAGAAUAUUCUAAGAUGAUGAUUAUAUUAAAUUUUAUUGCAAUUAUAGUAGCAUGUUAUAAAUUAAAAAAAGAACAACUAUUUUUUAUACAUUAAUUUAUUUAAUAAAUUCAAACUUUAAAAUUACGGUAAUGUGAUAUUAGUACAGAAUUCAGUUUAUGAGUUGUAAUUGCCGAAUUGUGAGGAAUAUUGUAUUACUGCAUAUUUAAAGUCAUAAAAAUUUAUUAUAGAAUUAGGGGGUGUUUGUCAAAAUGCAAAUAUAUAUAUCUUGACUUAUUCAGCAAAAAAAAAUGUAUACA